CCACCCUCCACCAGCCUGUCGAAUGUGAUUAAAAAUAGCAAAUAGGGAGAGAGAACAGGGGAAUUUGGAUGGGCAUGCAAGAAGGGAGAGGGACGUGGAAGUCCUCUCCACAGCCAUGAAAUGGCCUUCUCCAUCUAUUUUCUAUGGUGCCCGUGUCUAACCAAUCUUCUUCCUCUUCUUCUUUCCCACCAUCAUUGAAUAGAAACAAGGAGGCCGCCGAGGACGAGGCGGUUACCUGAGGGUUGAAACUUCCGGCGCCUUUACGCCGACACCUUUUGCCGGGAGGUUAUGGCUUCGACCCCUGUGACUGCUCCGUCGACGGACGGACCAUCCCCCCCAGCUCCCUCUGACGAUUCGUCACCGACUCCCCCAACUCCUUCAAACGAUUCCUCCCCGGCUUCCACCGCGCCGACGGCCUCGCCGCCGCCAGCCCCCGAAACCCCACCCGCAUCACCCCCGCCGACGCCUUCUCCACCACCGCCGUCGCCGUCUCCCCCGCCGCCACCACAACAAUCUCCUCCGCCUCCGCCUCCGCCUCCUUCUCCUCCUCCUCCCUCGUCAUCGCCAACACCCUCAACACCAAAGUCUCCGCCAGCAAAGUCGUCCCCUCCAUCGUCCAGUGCUUCUCCUUCACCACCCUCCACUAAGAACAGCUCGCCACCUCCGCCACCCCCACAAGCAGCAUUAUCAUUACCAAGCCCGCCUCCUCCUCCUCCUCCACAUUCUCAUGCUCCCUCACAUUCGUCCAAGACACCUUCGUCUUCCCGAAAUAAGUCCACAACAUCGACGUCAUCGUCAGCCAGCGACUCCGAUGCUACAGCAGUAAUUUAUAUUGGAGUUGCAGCAGGGGUUCUUGCGCUCAUAGUGGUUGCACUUAUUCUCGUUUGUUGCUACAAGAAGAAGAAGAAAAGACGCGAUCCGAUGCCGUAUUACACAGACACGGGACGUCCUCCUAAAGGAGGUGAAUACUACCACAGUGGGAGCUGGCACAAUGGGGCACCUUCUCACAGAGCAGACCACAUGAUGCAAAUGGGGCUCCCUCCUCCUCCAGGUGGCGGCGGCGCACCAGGCCAACCAGGCAGCGGAUGGGCGAUGCCACCGCCACCUCCUCCCAUGAUGAACAGCAGCGACAUGAGCUCCAACUUCUCGGGCCCAAGGGGACCCCCACUCCCUCCUCCCUCCCCUAACAUCGCUCUCGGCUUCACAAAGAGCACCUUCACCUACGAGGAGCUGGCGCUCGCCACCAACGGCUUCUCGCAGGCCAACCUUUUGGGCCAAGGCGGGUUCGGCUACGUCCACAAGGGCGUCCUCCCCAACGGCAAGGAAAUCGCCGUGAAGCAGCUCAAGUCGGGCAGUGGGCAGGGAGAGCGCGAGUUCCAGGCAGAGGUCGAAAUCAUCAGCCGCGUCCACCACCGUCACCUGGUCUCCCUGGUUGGCUAUUGCAUCGCUUCCAAUCAGCGCAUGCUCGUCUACGAGUUCGUCCCCAACAACACCCUCGAGUUCCAUCUUCAUGGAAAGGGUCGCCCAACCAUGGACUGGCCAACUAGACUGAAGAUCGCCUUGGGAUCGGCUAAGGGAUUGGCAUACCUCCACGAAGAUUGCCAUCCUCGCAUCAUUCAUCGUGACAUCAAGGCUGCCAACAUUCUGCUUGACUACAAGUUCGAAGCUCAGGUGGCUGACUUUGGCUUGGCAAAGUUGUCUUCGGACAAUUACACUCACGUCUCCACACGAGUAAUGGGAACCUUUGGAUACUUAGCUCCAGAAUAUGCAUCAAGCGGCAAGCUCACCGAGAAAUCAGAUGUCUUCUCCUUCGGGGUGAUGCUUCUCGAACUGGUAACUGGUCGACGUCCUGUGGAUCCAACUUUCAUGGAGGAUAGCUUGGUGGAAUGGGCAAGGCCGCUGCUAAUAAAAGCAUUAGAAGAAGGAGAUUUUGAGGAGCUGGUAGAUUCGCGGCUGGAGAACAACUACAAUGUGAACGAGAUGUCUCGCUUAGUUGCUUGUGCUGCUGCAAGUGUUCGACACUCUGCAAGGCGACGCCCACGAAUGACCCAGAUCGUGCGUGCAUUAGAAGGGGAUAUGUCGCUGGAGGCUCUGAACGAAGGGGUGAAGCCUGGACAGAGCGGCAUGUUCGGUUCUGGUUCAGAGUAUGGAUCUGAGAAGUACAAUGCGGACAUGAGCAGGAUGAGAAGGAUGGCUUUGGGAACCCAGGAGUUUGGAACUGAUGAGUUCGUUAGUGGGCCGACGAGCGAGUAUGGGCUAAACCCUUCUACCUCAACCAGUGAAAGUGGGAAUUCACGGGAGAUGGACUCCGGCCCCUAUUACAGAAACCAAAACAAGUUCUGAGUUCUGCACUGCAUCUGGGCAUUGAUCGACCAUGAACAAAUAGUCCUUCCUUUUGUGUUAUCCUUCCAUUUUUACCAGUAGGCGUUGGAAAAAAGAUCAAAAACAAAAGAAACUAGACUGCCAUUCUGCUCUCAGCUGUGUACUUGUGUUUCUCUCUUUCUUCGUCCCUCUUGUUCUCUUCGUUCCCCUGUCUCUGUGCUGUUGUCUUCUAUGGGUAAUUAGGGGGAUGAUAAUGAUUGGUAGUGAAAAAAGUGGUUCUUAAAGAUCGUAUAUAUGUUACAUUUUGUCUG